AUGACGGACCAGUUCAUUUCAGCUGGAGAGCACAAGUGGCUUCAGCAGUCGGGCUUGGUCAUGCUGCUACCCCACGGCUACAUGGGACAAGGAGCCGAACAUUCCUCUUGCCGCAUCGAGCGCUUCCUACAGCUCUCGGAUGAUGACGAGGAUGACAUCCCCGACUUUGCAGACGGCUUCGGCCGGCGGCAAGCGCAGAGGGCCAACUGGCAGGUCAUGAACUUGUCCACUCCGGCCAACUACUUCGAUGCCCUGCGCCGGCAGCAGCACCGAGACUUCAGGAAACCCAUGGUCGUGGCCUCUCCGAAGAACCUCUUCCGGCUCCGGCAGUGCGUGAGCCCCUUGAGCGACAUGGAGUUGGACACCCGCUUCCAGCGUUUGAUUGGUGAGCGGGAUCCGGAGAUUGCCGCACACCCGGACAAGGUUGAGCGCUUGGUCUUCUGUAGCGGAAAGAUCUACUAUGAGUUGGUUGCAGAGCGGGAGAGGUUGGGCCUGAAAAACGUGGCCAUCAUCACCUUGGAACAGCUCGCGCCCUUCCCGUUUGACCGUGUCAAGCAGGUCAUGGAAAGGUAUUCCCAUGUGGACAUCGGCGAUGGUGUUCAUCCAGGGCAGCUGGUCUGGUGCCAGGAGGAGCCCAAGAAUAUGGGGCCCUGGGCAUACGUACGGCCUCGCUUUGUCACUACGGCUCGAGAAGGCUUUGACCAGGACCUGGUCAUGCGCUACAUCGGCCGCCGCGCAGCGGCCUCGCCGGCCACCGGUUAUCCCAAGCUGCACAACGCCGAGCAGGAAGCGAUCCUCCGAGAGGCGGUUUGGGUCCAUCGAGAUCCCAGGAGCGGAGGACAACUUCUCAGUACAGCGACCCUCAUCCUUGCUGGGCUAUCAGACCUGAGAGCAGCCAGAGAGGCACAGCUACCUGUAGCAUAG